AUGCCAGCCGGGACGAAUCGCAGCCGCGUCUAUGUCGUGGGCGUCGGCAUGACCCCAUUCUUGAAGCCAAAUCCCGCCAGAGACUACCCUCCCCUGGGCCUGGAAGCCGGCACAAAGGCUCUCCUCGAUGCCGGCAUCACGUACGACCAGGUGCAGCAAGGUUACGCCUGCUACGCCUUUGGAGACUCGACCUCCGGGCAGCGGGUGUUCUACCAGUUCGGCAUGACCGGAAUCCCUAUUUUCAACGUGAACAACGCUUGCGCCACCGGCUCGUCCGGCCUGUACCUCGCUCGUCAGUCUCUUAGCCUUGGAGCCGCUGAUGUUGCCCUCGUCAUCGGUUUCGAGAAGAUGCAGGCCGGUCGUAUCAAGAAGGCCUUUUUGGAUCGUGCCAUUCCCCAAGGUCUCCUGGCCGAGAAGAUGUUUGCUCUGAACCCCAACAGUGAGCCGGGAAAUAUGAGUCUCUUCGGUAACGCGGGCUUAGAGUACAUCGAGAAAUACGACGCCGUUCCUGACGAUCUCAACGAGAUUGCCCGCAUCAACCAUGCUCAUAGUGCUCAGAACCCUUACAGUCAGUUCCGUACCGUUUACUCUCUAGACCAGAUCAAAAGUAGCCCAUCUAUGUAUGGCCCGGUCACGAAACUGCAAUGUUGUCCAACAUCAGACGGCGCUGCCGCGGCCGUCGUGGUAUCUGAAGCCUGGUUGGACAAACACCCCGAGCUGAAAAGCAAGGCUGUAGAGAUCGUUGGCCAGUCAAUCGUUACCGAUCAAUCCGAUACUUACGGGACCUCUUCUAUGGAUCUCGUUGGCUAUCAGAUGUCCAAGCGUGCUUGCCGCGAAGCUCUUGUCCAGGCUAACGUCUCCGUCUCCCAAGUCGGAGUGUGUGAGCUCCAUGACUGCUUCGCCGCAAACGAGCUGAUUACCAUCGACGCCUUGGGUCUCUGCGAGCCCGGCAAAGCGGGGAAAUUUGUUCGCGAGGGAAAUAUCACGCAUGGCGGGAAAGUCCUGGUUAACCCUUCUGGCGGCCUGAUUUCAAAAGGUCACCCAUUAGGCGCUACUGGACUGGCACAGUGUACUGAGCUGGUGUGGCAGCUGCGUGGGUGGGCAAAUAACCGCCUUGCCCCCCAAACUACGGUGGCUUUGCAGCAUAACCUUGGCCUCGGCGGCGCCGCGGUGGUCACCGUCUACAAGCGCGCCGACGGCAAGCAAAAUGAUCUUCGACCCAAUACGGAAAUUGCCGAGGCAUCUGGGCUGGGAUACAACCCUGCGAUCGAAGCGAAGCAGGUCACUGUUGCGCAGGUGAAGAAAGUCUUGAGCAGUAGGCAUAACAGCGAAUGGGCUCGUGUUGGUGGGAAAGGGAAUGACUUACAGGGACCUCUUCUCGCAAGAAUGUAG